CAAAGAUCCAACGACCGUCAUUCUGCCACAACGCUGCUUCCAUUGAAUGAUUCGAUUGAUUCCUUCAGUUCCUACAGUAGCAGUCCAAUAGAACAUACAUAACAUACAACCAUGACAACAACAGCAACUACAAAGACAGUGACGGUGAUUCAUUGCUGGUCGGCCCCUCGAUCCCGGUCUACCGCUCUUCUGUAUUCAUUUGAAGCUCGCGAUGAUUGCGACGCGAUUGAUGAACCCCUCUAUCGCGAAUGGCUGAUUAGUCGAGGCGAUGCCGUGGCACGACCGUACACUCAAGAAAUGAUCACAGGCGUGCCUCCUCCCGACGAUGUGGCCAACAAGGCUGCCUGGGAACGCGAGCUCUUGUCCUUGACACAACGCAUUCAACAGGGAGCUGCCAACAAAAAGAAGACGGUCAUUUUUUGCAAGCACAUGGCCAAGCACUGCUUCUUGUACGAUUUUGAAAAGGAAUGCGAUGCGGGAAAUAAUAAUCCAGAUGAUAAUAAUAUCACUCUGAUCCACAAACACUUGCUGCUCAUUCGAGAUCCGGUCCAAGUGUUGUCGUCUUGGAAUCGAUCCGCGGACGUGCAUGGGAAUAUUGCCACUCCGGAUGAAGUGGGGAUUGUGCCGCUCUUGUCCAUUUAUUCCUCCCUGCAAAGUAGAGCCACAGCAACAACCAGUACAACAACCAGUACAGCAACAUCAACAACCGACAGCUCCACCGUGGUGUUGCUAGAUUCCGAUGAAUUGGCGGCAGAUCCAGAAGGGACGCUCUCCAACACGUGUUCCGAUCUGGGAAUUCCCUACCAAGAAAAUAUGAUUACCUGGAAGAGUGGACCUCAUGCAUGUGAUGGACCCUGGGCCAAGUGGUGGUACGAAAAUGUGCACAAGUCCACUGGGUGGCACAAAGCAACAAUCGACUACAAACAAUACUAUCCGGAAACAACCGUCACCUACCGGACACUCCAUCCCGAACUCUUGCCGGCAUUACAUGCAUCCUUCCCCGCCUACACAUUUCUACAAGGUCUCACCAAACGAUCACGAGAACGGGGUGGACCACCUCCGUACGAAGAUCCACGGAAUGCGCACAUUCUCGUCUAUAUUGGAGCCAAGGGAGUCACGCAGGGAUGCAUUGUACCACGACAAAUGGCCGCUGUCAAUCCCUGGGAUUCCGUAGUGCAAGGAGGGGAUGCUUGUUGGGAAGGACUACGGGUCUAUCGUGGCAAGAUUUUUUCACUCGACAAGCAUUUGCAGCGAUUGAUGAAAUCCGCCAAGGCACUGGGAUUUGAAAACAAUAAUAACAGUAUGCAUACCCUGCCGGAAAUUCGACACGCACUCUUUCAAGUUUUGGCCGCCAAUGGGAUGCGAGAUGGCGCUCAUGUGCGUUUGACAUUGACACGAGGAGAAAAGUACACGUCUUCGAUGAACCCCAAAUUCAAUGUGUAUGGAACCACUCUCAUUAUCUUGCCCGAGUGGAAACCGACCGAGGGAGCCACUACAUAUGACAAUACCAAGGGCAUCAAGUUGAUUUCUUCCAGUCAGAGACGCAAUCCACCCUCAACCGUUGAUUCUAAGAUCCAUCACAACAACUUGAUCAACAACAUUCUUCCCAAACUCCAAGCCAACGUGGCCGGUGUGGAUGAUGCCAUUAUGCUCGACUUGGAAGGAUAUGUCAGUGGCACCAAUGCCACCAACAUUUUCCUGGUGGAUGACAAUGGUGUCUUGAUGACCCCCUCUGCCGAUCACUGCCUCCCGGGGAUUACACGACAAACCGUUUUGGAUUUGGCCCAAGAGUUGAGCAUUCCCACAUGUGUGCGCCGACUGUCCUUGGCCGAGUUUUACAGUGCUGAAGAAGUCUUUACGACGGGUACCAUGGGUGAAUUGACUCCCGUGACGUGGAUUGAUGGCCGAGUGAUUGGUAGUGGUGGAGAACGUGGUGAGAAUACCAAGCGGUUGCAGGAAGCCUACAAGACGUUGCCGGAACGACCGGGGUUUGCUACCGAACUACCUCCGUACAAGUAGUAGAGAAAAAAAGAGAAAAUGCAAGAGUUGAAUUUGCAGGUGACCCAUGGCGGCUUGACGGCAACCAUCGGGAGAGAUUCACCACGACAACGGUACAAUACGCCAACCAAGAAAGCAACUUCAGAUAGACCCUUAGUUUUGAUUAUCUUUUUGCAAUACAUACAGAGGGCAACCAACAGGAAGAGGUGAGGGAGAGGAUGAGCAGCACCUCGUGCACCCAUAUCCCUCUACCAAUAGAACCUUCCUACUUCCUAAGGCUGGAUGAUGGAUCCAGAUAGCUAUCCAGAUCCAAUCCUUCGUUUGUGAGUUUGUGAGCAAAGUAGUGGCCGCGAUUACAGCUGCAGGCAGCUGCCAGCAAACGGGAACUGGUCAGUGCUGCGGAACCAUUCCAGUCAUCAUUCAGACAGGCCUUGAGGAAUUAAGAUCUGGUGCUUCAAGUAGGCUAGAGAACUCGAAGGAAGUGAUGAGCCAGUAGUGUUCAAUCAUGCUGUGGUCUGUGGUCUGUGGUGACAUACAAUCAUACAAUGUGCACAAGUACCGUAAAUUGGUUGAGAAGCAGACAGUAAAUAGUACCUUUUGAAAAAUGUGAAGCGGACCGAAAAAGACCGUCGAAAGCAACCCUCCUCCUUCCUUUGAGA